AUGACGCGCGGCCGCGGGAGGGCCAUGCAGCGGGCGGCAGCGGGUGCGGGCGGAACGCGGGCGGCGGGGCCGCUGCGGGGCGCCCCUCGCCUGGACCCCAAUCCGGGACGCAGGGGCGGUGCGGGAGCCGGGAUGCAGGGAGGCAGCGGGCCCAGGGUGGGCUCCGCGGGCUCGCGGCCCCUCCCCGCGCAGCCCCCGGCCCGGGCUCGCGGCUGGAGCGCGUCGCCCGACUUGGCCCCUGAUGUCUUCAUCCUGCGGGUGCGCCUGGAGGAGACGGGGGAGAUGUUCCGAGUGGCAAACUGCCGCGGCGACAUGACCGUGCGGGAGCUCAAGGAGGAGCUGGACCUGAUGGUCGGCAUCCCCUUCAACCUCCAGCAGCUCCAGUACCUCGACGAAGGAGUUUUGAUGGAUGACGCUACCCUGACGUUCCACGAUGUUGUUCCUGGAGGGAUGAUUUCAUUACGUGUCUGGCAUCAUGACGGAUGGACACAGCUUGUUUUGGCGGCUGUGGAAGGGGAUCCCAGCAAGCUGUCUUGUCUUGGGGUUACUGAAGAUUCCUUCUACCGAACUGCAAAUUCAGAACAUUUUGAGGGUGAGAAGUGGAAGCAGUGGACGUCUCAGAGGGCGUUUGUGGCGCUGUAUGUGGCCUCGCACAGAGGUCACGUUGAUGCUGUGCAGUACCUUCUAGAACACGGAGCCAGCUGCCUCAGCAGAUCACCCCUGGGCAGAACACCUCUGCAUGUGGCUGCAGCCAUGGGCCAGUUGGACUGUAUAAGCCUCCUGGUCCGGCAAGGGGCCUCCAUCCAUGACAGAGAUGCCAAGGGGGAGACCCCCAUCUCCAUUGCACACCGCCUGAACCAGAUACAGAGCGAGCGGCAGAUGUAUCUCCUCCACCGGAGAGCAAAGUCAGGGAUAAGGGAUCCCAGCGACUUGGUCGUGCAGAAGACUUUGCAGAGAGUCAAGUCUGGGUUUGGGUCUAAGAAGGUGAUGAUGACCCCUCAUUAGCUCCCACUGGGAAUGUUUGCCCGUGGAAGCUGGCUUGGACAACUUUGCAGUGUUCAAUCCCAUGGGGGCCCUUGGUGUGCAGGGAAGCAGGAAAACAGGGCAAUUAACCUGAAUCAGAUACGAAAUUAUCUGUCCUGUUUGCAAAUGAUUUUGGGAGGGUGUUGAUGAAAGUAGGUAAGUCUGUGUUCAUUUAGUAAUCCAUUAUAGACUGAACAGGCUCUGAUGCCAGCCUUUAAUUUUAAGCUAUUUGUGCAUUGUACUCAAUAGCACUGCUUUGGGGUGAUGGGAUCCAAUUACCUUCUCUCCCUUCUGGGGACUGUCUAAUGCAUGGGGUAAUAGGAGUAAUAGCAAUAAUGAUAAUAGCACUAUUGUUAUUGUACAAAACAAGUGCCAGCGAAUGUCGGGAGGUCGUGUGUAGUGUGGGCUGUGAAUUUCAGUUUGUAAAGCCCAUGGAACUAAAUGCUCCCACAGCUAAUGUUUCAGAAGGUUUCCUGAGCCAUCUUUGGGGUCUGCUUCUUGAGUGAGGGGCAGAAGGGAAGCUGGGUGAGCUUGGCUCUCCAAACACAUUCUCCAGAAGGGACGCCUAAUUACUCUUGUUGGAAAGUAACAUGUUGGCGUUAGAUGGAGUGGAAACAGUGUAAAAGAUGGGAAUCGGGCUGGCCACAUCUUCCCUUUGACCGCUCUCCAGUGGUCCACGCAGUCUCCUCUUGCCAGCAUCCUCCUUUUCCUGCCAGCACUGGGAUAGCUCUUACUUCUUUCCUUUGUGGAGACCACCUUGGAGUGUCUGUGUUCAACUCUCAGGUUUCUGCGUUACAAAACCUUAUACUGGCCGGGUGCGGUGGCUCACGCCUAUAAUCCCAGCACUUUGGGAGGCCGAGGUGAGUGGAUCACGAGGUCAAGAGAUCGAGACCAUCCUGGUCAACAUGGUGAAACCCCAUCUCUACUAAAAAUACAAAAGUUAGCUGGGCACAGUGGCACGUGCCUGGAAUCCCAGCUACUCAGGAGGCUGAGGCAGGAGAAUUGCCUGAACCCAGGAGGCGGAGGUUGCCAUGAGCCGAGAUCGUGCCAUUGCACUCCAGCCUGGGUGACAAGAGCAAAACACUGUCUCAAAAAAAAAAAAAAAAGAAAAAAGAAACCUUAUACCACAUUGCAGGAUGUGCCUGGUGUGCUCGCAGAGGCGCAGCCUGCAGAGUGCAUGAGUGAGCUGGGCCUGGGAAACAAGAAGGGAAGACAACAAUGGGGCCAGCUGUCUGAAGAGGGCACCAAGAUGCGACUCCUGCAGAAAUGAAAGGCGGAGGCUGCUAGAGCUUUCUAGGGCUCUCCAGACCUAGAAAUCUGGCUUUUUGAAACGAUCUCUCUUGAUUUUUUUUUUUUUCUUGAGAUAGAGUUUUGCUCUAUUGCCCAGGUUGGAAUGCAAUGAUGCCAUCUUGGCUCACUGCAACCUCUGCCUCCCAGGUUCAAGUGAUGCUCCUGCCUUGGACUCCUUGAGUAGCUGGGAUUACAGCCUGCCACUAUGCCCGGCUAAUUUUUGUUAUUUUUAGUAGAGACAAGGUUUCACCAUGUUGGCCAGGCUGGUCUUGAACUCCUGACCUCAUGAUCUGCCUACCUUAGCCUCCCAAAGUGCUGGAAUUACAGGCAUGAGCCACCGUGCCUGACCAGAUCUCUUGAUUUUUAAAAUUUGGCUUGAAUUUUUGAAGAACGUGGUCUGCUACAAAAGGAGUGAGAAGACGUGGGGCACACCCAUGUGACUGCCUCUUGUUGUCAAACUCUAAUUCCUUUCAUGGAGAAAUGUGGUAGAAACAACCUAAGUCCCUCUAGAACAAUCCCAGACUCUGAUGCCACAGCAAGGGAGUGGCCACGGGUCUUGCUCGGUGGCAUGUGGGGUCCACUCUCCCACCUCCUACAGGCCAUUUAUGUUUCUCUAAAGCCCUACCUUCUAAGCUACUUCUGGAAUCAAAAUAUGUGGCAAUGAUUUCGUGACCAUUGCAGUUUUUCUGCGUCUGGGAAACAGCCGCCCUUUCCCACUUCCAUCUCGAGAACUGGAGUCAGCUUUUAAAUUAAUUGGCUGCACUUCCUGCUGUUAUAGCAAGUAAGAUCUGUGUUGAUGAUGUGGUUUUACACUCAGUGUACGUGGCUGUACCCAGCUCAGCACUCUGUUUGACAAAUAAUAGUCAAGGAAAAAAUAGCUCAGCAUCAACUAUGUCAAAACUGAGAUCUUGUUCUUGGCAGAUGUUCUGCAAAGUCACUAGGCAGAUAUUAAGCAACCCCAACCCAAUGGGGCAAUCCAUUUAGCUAAUGAGGUGUUGAGGGGGGUGAUGAGGGUACUGUUUUAACUUAACAAGUGGCGUUACUCAAAGUCGUGCAUUUGCCAGGAGCUCUGCCCAGCUGCCUUCAUUGUUUGGAGAGCCAGCUGCUUGACUCCUGUGUCUAAAAUUCUGGGGGCAAGCUGUCUAUCUUCAUCUACCUCCAAUUUAAUUAAGAACUUGGCCAGAUAUAGGGCAAGUCCCAAACUCUUCCUGGUGACAUUUUGCUCAGUCUGUGGUAGGGUCAUCUGAACACUCUUGUAGGUCCUGGGGAGCACUUUAUUUUAGACAAUGUAACAUCCUAUAUACAUUGAAAGAAGUCUGCAUCAUUUACAAAAUAAAAUAUAUCCAGAAUCCCAGAAGGGUUGAGUUGCCAUUGGGGGAUAAGUUACAUUUUGUAGAUACUUCAUUAGACAUUUAUUUUGAAGUUUUUUUUUUUUUUCAUAUUUUGGGAGCCAACAAAAAGUCUUUUUUUUUUUUUUUGAGUGUGUGUGUGUGUGUUUGUGUGGUCAAUCUCAAACAUUUUUGUUGGGCCCUGGGGGUGGUCUCCGGCAUGGUGGUCAGGCAGGUUUCUGCUCUUCGUAAAGUGGACAGGAGCUUUCUCUUGGAAAGGAGCUCCAGAUGGUCUUUCAGGUCAUGACAUCCAGUUCCUUCACCUCCUCUGGCAUCCCCAGGUACAGGGAAGAGCUGCCUGUGUGGAGUGGGGGAUGCAGGCUUUGGGGUCAGCACAGAUCUCAGCUUGCAUCUUACUGGUUUUGCCAUGUGGCCUUGGGUGAAUUCCCCACUGCUCUGAGCCAAGAAUCAUCUGUAGAAGAGAAAGGAGGAUAAUUCUGGUCACUGAGCUUGUCGGGAGGGCCUGGGAGGUGGGAAGCCUCAGUAUAUGACAACUGCUAUAGUCUCAAAGAUAGGCUGGAAAACCUUGCUGAAGUCAUGGGUGAAAUUGUUGACACUGGCGAGUGGGGAGAUAGAAGACCCAUUUGGUGCCUUUCCUGAGCUCCCAAGUGUUGAUCACCAAAAAAACCCUGAUGAGCUGACCCUUUGAGCUUGGUGGCCCCAUGGAAACGCCAUUGUGUAUCCUUGGAUUUCUUGGAGGCCAAAUAAAGGCGGAGUCUUCCUCCUACCCUCCUUACUGUCAGGGACAUUGCUUACCCAUGAGCCUUACGCCAGCCUGUCAGGCUGGAGCCUACUGGAGAAACGGGCACAUUGCUAUGAGCAGAUGAUGAUGGCAGCCGAGUCAUCCGUCAUGUUUCCACUUGCCUUGGCUGCCAGGGGCUCAGAGCCAAGGUUGAUGCCCACCUGGGGCAAAUAUCCAAUGUCCCUGCGGCCUUGCCUUUUAUCUUUCCUUGAGUGAGUUAUUUUCCUUUCUAAAAUCAAAACUGCCUCAUACAGGUGUUGAAUUGUAAGUUGCCUCCUUUCUGGAAGUCAAUGCAGUAGAAAUUUUGAGAGAUAACAUCAACCAUGGUGCUGGAGGGUGACUUGAACGUCUCGCCCAGGACUGGCUUAGUGGACCCAGCUACCUGACCAUCCAGCCUUCCAGGUGGUGAAACGAAGACACUGAGCUUUUCUUCUGCACUCCAUUCUAUUGGCAGAGUCUCCAGCAGCCUCUGCAGCCAGGAGGCAGGUGUUGGGAUGCCCCUCUGGGCUUCUGCACAUCUUGGGUCUGUUGGGCUCUGCCCCAGUCCUCACCACUUUGCUUUCUCUCUCUGAAGAUGACUCCAGGAGGCCUUCAGCUGCAUGCUGGACUGUUGCCACCGUUUCCUCCCUCCAUCUCAGAUGUGGGACACUCCCUUGCCUGAAGCAUAUUCACCAAUCCAGGGAUUCCCAGAGAGCAGGGAGGGCAUCUCACUGGUGGCGCCUCAGGGGACUUCAGGUGGUCCCUGACACUGUAUGAAGUGACACUGAGACACUGGGUGGGAAAAGCAGUCCCUGUGCAUAUUGCUCUCAAGCUUCUCAAUAUCCACGAGGAGAGUUUCCUUUUUCUUCAGGUGCUUCAACAGCUCCCUGACCCUUGCUAAUCUCCGUCUUAAAAAUAUCCACAGUAUUCCAUGGUGUAUAUGUGCCACAACAAUGAGAACACAAGAGGAAAGGGGA